GCGUUCUUUUUUAAUUUCCCCCCAAUACCUCCGUCUCUCUCAUUCUGUCUCAAAGUCAAAGGGAAGAAAAUGAACAAGCAAAUACUCCGUCUCCGUGUAUAAAAAACUGAACCCUGAUUGAAAAGAGGGAAAUAGAGAAGAAGAAGAUCAAGAAAACAUGUCUUUUGAUUUGAAUUUAAAUCCAUCAUGUGGAGGUUGUGGAUCAACUUCUGAUCUUUAUGGAAGCAAUUGUAAGCAUAUGACACUCUGCUUCAACUGUGGAAAACGAAUGACUCAGAAUCGUGCUAAAUGUUCUGAUUGCGGGACUCAAAUCACUCGUUUGACAAGGGAUGAUGAUGAGGCUAAUGAAGAGGAGGGUGGUGGACUGAGCAAAUCUGGGAAGGAGUUAAAAACGCUGCUAGGACGUGCAGCUAGAAUAAACGAUUCAGAUGCCGAAGAUGCCAACGAUAAUGAUGAUGAAGCGGACGAUGAUAUGAGCAUGUCACCUGUGUUGGCUCCAAAAAAGAAGGAUACACAUACACCGAAAGAAGAACUUGUUGACACUACUGCAAAAGCAUCGCAUUCAGCAUCCACUCCUGGAACCCCAUCUACUACAUCCAAAUCUACAAAGCCUAAGAGAAAAGCAUCUGGAGAUCAUGCUAAAGUUGCCAAUAGUGCACCUUUGAAAACAGUGAAGAUGGAAACUGAUUCAGAGUCUUCUGCAAAAGAGGGGUCUGCAUCGGCUUCCAAAGGUAACAACGUUAUACCUUUGAAUCGUGUAGCUUCAUGGUGCGCCAAAGCUCCCGCAGACCCAUCUACUGGCCCUGUUACCGAGGAAGAAAUCAGGGCCGUCUUGCUAGAAAGUGCUCCGCUAACACCACAAGCUCUCGUGGCAGAAUUCAGGGAAAGACUGAAAUCAAAAGAGGACAAAAAUACUUUUGCUGCAAUUUUGAGUCGAAUUUCAAAGGUACAGAAGUUUGUUGUAUUAAGGGAUAAAAACGCCAUACUUUCGAGAGGUCCAGUUUCAGCAUCCACCAAAGCUCCUGCAGACCCAUCUACUGGCCCUAUUACCGAGGAAGAAAUCAGGGCUGUCUUGCUAGAAAGUGCUCUGCUAACAACACAAGCUCUCGUGGCAGAAUUCUGGGAAAGACUGAAAUCAAAAGAGGAGAAAAAUGCUUUUACUGCAAUUUUGAGACGAAUUGCAAAGAUACGGAAGUCCGAUGAGGCUAACUACGUGGUAUUAAGGGAUAACAACGCCAUAACUUCGAGAGAUUUAGUUUCAUCGUCCACCAAAGCUCCUGCAGACCCAUCUACUGGCCCUGUUACCGAGGAAGAAAUCAGGUCUGUCUUGUUAAAAAGUGCUCCGCUAGCAACACAAGCUCUCGUGGCAGAAUUCAGGGAAAGACUGAAAUCAAAAGAGGAGAAAAAUGCUUUUACUGCAAUUUUGAGACGAAUUUCAAGGAUACGGAAGUCUGAUGAGGCCAACUACGUGGUAUUAAGGGAUAAGUAAUUUUUGGUUACCUGUAAGCUUUUAUUGUUUGACUUCUUUUUUGGGUUGAAGUAUCAAUUUCAUUCUAUCUCGAUCAAUGGGGGUAUUCGGGUAAGAAACCAAGAACAUGCUGCACAUAGCUAAGGAUCAAGAAUAUCAGCAGUUUAUGGUGCACCAUUCUAAUUAGAGAAAAGAGCGCAGCAUUUGGAGAAGACCAAUUACUGAGCACUCAAUUAUCCCACUUUUUUGUGAAAGCAAAGAGAAAUUAGAUCAAUUUUGAAUAAUCUGUUACGGUUUAUAUGUAUAUAAAAACUGUAAAUGGCAAUGUGUGAGGUUUAUGUAAAUAAUCUGUUGCGGUUUUUGUGUAUCACUUUCGCUAAAUUUUGCAGUACUUACUUGGGUGGCACGCUUCUU